AUGGUGUCUUAUGAAUCAUGUGAGAAAAAGCAAAGACUGCUUGUGGUGGCUAACCGGCUUCCGGUUUCUGCAAAGAGAACCGGAGAAAAUUCUUGGUCUCUGGCAAUCAGUCCUGGUGGUUUAGUCAGUGGUCUUCUAGGCGUGGCAGCUGAAUUCGAGACCAAAUGGGUUGGUUGGCCUGGAGUUGAUGUGUAUGAUGUAGCUGGCAAAAACGCACUUUCGAAAUCUCUAGCCGAGAUGGAAUGUAUACCAGUGUACCUUGAAGAGGUUUUUGAUCAAUACUACAAUGGGUAUUGCAAUGGUAUUUUGUGGCCAAUUCUUCAUCACGUGGAGUUUCCACAAGAAGAUCAUAAUGACAGAAACAAAACAUACCAAACACAAUACGAUGCCUAUAAGAAAGCAAACAGAAUGUUUCUUGAUGUCAUAAUUGAGAACUAUGAAGAAGGAGAUUUUGUUUGGAUCCAUGAUUACCAUCUCAUGUUUCUUCCUCAGUAUCUUAAAGAAUACAACAAAAAUAUCAAAGUAGGAUGGUUUCUCCAUUCACCAUUUCCUUCUUCAGAGGUCUUCAAAACCUUGCCCUCGCGAUCAGAGCUUCUUCGCUCCGUUCUUGCAGCUGAUUUACUUGGUUUCCAUACGUAUGAUUUUGAAAGCCAUUUUGUGAGUACAUGCACUCGAAUCCUUGGAGUUGAAAGAACACAUGAAGGAAUUGUGGAUCAUGGCAAAGUCACUCGAGUAGCUGUUUUUCCCAUUGGAAUAGAUCCUAAUAGGUUUAUAAAAGCAUGUGAGCUCCCUGAAGUCAGACAACAAAUGACUGAGCUUAAAGAGAGAUUUGCUGGCAAAAAGGUGAUAUUAGGUGUUGAUCGUCUUGACAUGAUCAAAGGGAUUCCACAUAAGUAUCUUGGAUUUGAGAAAUUUCUUGAAGAAAAUCCAGAUUGGCGCGAUAAAGUUGUCCUUGUGCAAAUUGCAGUGCCAACAAGAAAUGAUGUCCCUGAAUAUCAGAAGGUCAAGGACCAAGUUCAUGGACUCGUUGGACGCGUUAACGGUCGUUUUGGUUCUGUCUCUUCUCUUCCUAUCCAUCACCUGGAUUGUUCUGUAGACUUCAACUUCUUAUGUGCACUUUACGCGAUUGCUGAUGUAAUGCUUGUAACAUCAUUAAGGGAUGGAAUGAAUCUUGUGAGUUAUGAAUUCAUUGCUUGUCAAGAAACGAAAAACGGAGUUCUUGUUCUCAGUGAGUUUGCUGGAGCUGCACAGUCACUUGGUGCUGGAGCUAUUCUUGUGAAUCCUCGGGAUGUUACAAAAGUUUCUUCUGCUAUUAAAGAAGCUCUUAUUAUGCCAGCUGAAGAAAGGGAUGAAAGACAUAGAGUUAAUUUUCAGUAUGUGAAAAUUCAUACUGCUAAAAAGUGGGGAGAUGAUUUCAUAAGUGAACUCCAUGCUACUUUUUCUGAAUCCAAUAUGAAGAUUAAGAAAAUCCCACUUGGACUUCCACAGCAAGAUGUGGUUCAACGAUAUUCGAAGUCUAACAAUAGACUGAUAAUCCUGGGUUUCUUUGGAACACUCACUGAGCCAAUGAAUAAUCAAAAUGAAGAACUGGAUGUUCGACUAAACCCAGAGCUAGAGGAAACACUAAAAGCAUUAUGCAAUGAUCCAAAAACAACAGUUGUUGUAUUGAGCAGAAGUGGCAGAAACAUAUUAGAUAAAAUCUUUGGAGAGUAUAACAUAUGGCUGGCUGCGGAAAAUGGAAUGUUCAUGAGGGACACCACUGGAGAAUGGGUGACAAAUAUUCCUAAAAACCUGAACCUCGAUUGGGUAGAUGAUACAAAGAAUGUUUUCAAGUACUUCACCGAUCGAACUCCAAGAUCGUUCUUCGAAGAAAGCGAGACUUCUCUAGUAUGGAAUUAUGAAUAUGCAGACGUUAAAUUUGGAAAAGCACAAGCAAGAGACAUGUUUCAACACUUAUGGGCAGGACCCAUCUCUAACGAAUCAGUUGACGUUGUUCGAGGAAACCAUUCUGUUGAAGUCCAUGCGAUGAGUGAGAGUAAGGGUGCAGCCAUUGGUCGUAUUUUGGGAGAAAUAGUGCAUAAAAGUGCAUUGACUACACCUAUUGAUUAUGUCUUUUGCAGUGGUUACUUCUUGGAGAAGGUAGAGCUUAAUACUAUCUAG